AUGUUAUCUGCGAACGGUACACCCAGGGAUUUAUUGUCAUUGAUUGCACUUGAAAUUUCUCUACUUAGAAAGAAGUCUAAAAUGAAAAUUAGUGAUAUUUACUGUGGAACCAUGUUUACAACUGACAUUGUUGAUAUUAUUCAAUCAUCGAUUGGAAAAUUAGAGGAUAUAGGUCAUGUUUACUCAUGUGUUGGUUUGGAUUCCAUUACUUUUGAGCAAUCAUUACACAUAUUAGACAAAAUGUAUGAUAUUGAAGCUAUUUUAAAAUCAUCCAAUACCUCCAAAACUGACCUUUAUCACUCUAUUCAACACAUAUUCCCAACAAGAAGAAGAGUAGUUGGGCUUGUUGCCUCUCAUUUAGAAACAACAAAAUCUCUCGAUAUUGAAGAAAGUUUCAGAACAAAAAGGGAAGAGUUUGUGGUCAGGUGGAAAAAAAUGUAUUAG